UAUAUGUGUGACAUUGAAUACAUAAUUGCUAGGCAUCUCUGAAAUCAGGCAAGUGAAAACCAAAAAUAAAAUGGUCUCACAGACAGUUGAACUCUUAAAGAAUGAGAUUCCUCUGGAGCAGGAAUCAGUGGUUUUAGCUGAAGAUGCUGUAAAUGGUCUCGUUCUUGUGGACAUCAUAAAUGGCUUUUGCACAGUUGGUGCUGGAAAUCUGGCUCCAAGAGAAUCCAAUACGCAGAUUUCGGGAAUGAUCAGUGAAUCAGCAAGGCUGGCUAGAGUGUUCUGUGAGAAGAAUUUGCCGGUUAUGGCUUUCCUGGAUUCUCACCAUCCUAACAAGCCAGAGGACCCUUAUCCCCCUCACUGUAUUGUUGGCUCUGAUGAAUCAAAUCUGGUUCCAGCAUUAAGAUGGCUAGAGAAUGAACCUAAUGUAACAAUCAGGCGAAAGGAUUGUUUUGAUGGAUAUUUGGGCUCAAUACAAGAAGAUGGUUCAAAUGUUUUUGUAGAUUGGGUGAAGAAGAAUAAGAUAACAACUCUGCUGGUAGUAGGUGUGUGCACAGAUAUCUGCGUUCUAGAUUUUGUAUGCUCCACAAUGUCAGCUAAAAACCGUGGUUUUCUGGAGCCUCUAGAAAAUGUGGUGGUGUAUUCCCGUGCCUGUGCUACCUUUAAUGUCCCUCUGGAGGUAGCCAGAAAUACCAAAGGAGCUUUGGCACAUCCUCAGGAGUUUAUGCAUCAUGUAGGCCUAUAUAUGGCCAAAGAACGUGGAGCCAAGAUAGCAAAUGAAGUAUUGUUUGGUGCAGCAGGGAAGGUUUAAUAAACCGUGUUGUGUGGCCCUUCUGAAUAAGCUAUCUAAACAUACUUAUGUAAGGUUGGUCCAAUAAGGUGCAAAUGGUCAUGUCACAUGUGGUGGCAACCCCCCAUAGGACUACAUAUCAUAUGUAUUCACAAACACAAAAAAAGAAAAGAACACCGUAUCAUCAUAUGUAGAGUAUAAUCAUGUCCAAGUUAGACAAGGUUUAUAGCUAAAUAAGUCGAGAUUUUUUUCAAAACUUUAUUUAAUUAAAAAAAAUUCUAAGUCGUUUAAAAAAUCUUAGGUUUAAUAAGUCAAUCUAUAUUUAAAUAAACAAACAAUAUAACCAUAAUAAUAUCAUGGUUGAUAUUAUUUUAAUUGGUCUAAUUACACUUUUAUGCUUUUUUACCGUAGUUUCUCAAAUUUGAUCUCUUUAUUUUUGUAAAUUUGACCUUCCAGUAUUUGAUAGAAAUGUUAAUGUAAUUCUGACAUGAAUGUGACU